AUGUUCUUCCGCAAGACCAAGUCGCUCAACUCGUCUGCCCUAGAAAGCUUGCCCAAGGAUUUGUAUGCUUCCAAGAAUACGCAUGGUGAUGAUGACGAAGAAGUGAAGAGAUCUUCUAUUGAUAGCCUUGUCCUCCGUCGUCUACAAGGCGAUGCCAUGGCCAAGUGGAACAACAGCCCUCAACAACAGGAUGAUGAUGACAUGGACGACGCAAGCUGCCACUCGACUUCCAGCACUGGUAGCCCCCGUCGCAGACGCCGCAAUGUUUCGGAUGCUCGAAGAAACAGAGGAGGACAGCGAUCAUCCUCGGUCAGGAGCAGAAGAACUACCGGUGGCAAUGGGUCCUCCCGAGGCACCCGCACUUCAGGUAUUAAUAGUGGAUCCUCCCGCGCCAACCGAACGACCGGUGGCAACACUGGCGCUGGAACACCCAGCAGUCGCCCCCGACGCAUGCGCCGCGUCAAGUCGGAUGAUGGAGCCGAAAACGUAUACCACCGCGACCACGAGAGACGCCAACGUCGCACCAACCUUCUCGACCAACACCCAUUGCCACAAGAUGAAGAACCUCGUUCCUUGUCUCCUCGUCCCGUAGCGACCCGAAAGGCAGUGUCCUCCUCGCCACGAACUAAGAGUGCCAACAGCCGAGAAAGGUCCAUGUCCAGCAGCUCGCCCCCAGCACGUCGCAACAGGGUCAUGUCUCAUGCUGCAUAA